GUGGUUCUCGUCUUUGAGCGUCACUUCUGGGAUCGCAGCCAACGUCUCUUUGGUCACAUCAGUCAGUCACCAGAGACCCGCGGUGAACUCUUUCUCUUCUGGUCCGUGACAGAUCGCCCGAUCCUUAUUGCACUUGUUGCCGGGCGUGCCGCUCGUCAACUUGAGCAGUAUGACGCUGCACAGAUCGGUCCAACGUCUGGAUCCACUGGGUCACUGAGUCUUAAUCGUCGGACUAGCUCUGUUAAUAUAGGCUCUGUUUCCGUGACGCCAGGGCAACAGGACUCGAUUGGUACCGUAUUUGGUCAACAGGCGCUGAAAAAUCCUAUCGUCUCCCGUGCAAUGAUGAUCUUGAGAUCAGUUUUCAUGAAGGAGGCCAAUGAUUUGGCAGGAAAGUCUAUCCCUGAGUCAAAACUUAUAUUUUCAUUCAACGAUCGGAAUAACAAGAUCGGAUUAGUUUCUUCAUUUUGUUCAUUAGAGUUGCAACAAAUUGCUAUUUUUGGACUUGGGGCUUCCUCUUGUGUCUGGCUUCUAAAGAUUUUACUACCGCUGAAUGUAUUGGAUGAGUGGCUCUGGAUAUUCCCAAAUCUUCAUUACUCAUCUGAUUCGCAUUACUUUUCCAUCAAACCUUAA